UUGUUAUGGCGUUCGAAUGGAUGGUUGGUGCCUUACUUAAAAUCAGUUUAGUUAGCGGCUGAUCUCUUCGAACGCCGCAAAAAUUAGCGUGUUGGCUGACGUUGUGCUAUGGCCACUCCACGAAAAUGAAUCUGUUCGCAUAAGCACGGCCGUUAAGCGCAUUAAUAAGUGCACAUUAUAUUCGUUUGGUCAAUCUGCAAUAUCUCAAACGUUUCAGAAGAAGUCGGCCACUCACUGCUGGCAUUUGGGAAUUAUGGAUCAAACAGGCCAUUGCGUCGAAAUUGACCUUGACGUUAGCUCACGUUAAUGCAAAGAGCAGGCCGUUUUUUGAAUAAUCUGUCACCCUUGAGCCAAAAACCAAAGAAUAACUUAAUCGGAAAGCCAGCAGAGAACGCGCGAUACUUGUGGAGUUUCUUAAACCGUAUUUUUAACAAAGUCGACGAGAAUCGAAUCAAAGAGUGCGGACCAGACCGAGCCGCAUCGGAGUGGCUAAUCAGAUGUGGGGCUUCCGUUCGGUGGAAAGGAUACGACAAAUUUCACAAUGAUUAUAACACACUUCCGUCAGGACAAACCGUUAUUGAGGCCAUUGACGCAACUGACUCGUGUAUUAUGAGCCUCGGAUUUCCCUAUCUCAGGGGACUGAAAAGUCUGCAGGAGAUUAAUUUGAGCAAAUGCUACUACUUGGAAGAUAAUUGCCUUCAUCUCUUAGGGCUAUACCAAGGAGAUCAAAUUCGUCGUCUGAGACUCGUGUCUUGUGGUAACGUUUCCGAUGCAGGGAUCGCUAACCUGACAGCUAUGAAAGCUUUAGAAGAAUUAUUCAUGUUUGAUCUUCCCGCAGUGAAAAAUCGCGAGGCAUGUAUUAAGCUGCUGCAUGAAGCGCUGCCGAAGUGCAAGAUUGAAUUUCCUGAAGUCUAAGAUCCAUCGAAGGAAUGUAGCGAUAACGACAAAGGGUCAAAAUAAUUUGGUUAAUAUAAGGAAAACGUAGCCAUUCUUUGUGGCUAUUGUAAUUACAUUACAGCUAUUUUUAUCUGCCAAUGCCUAGUCAUAUAAAAUAAGACAAUCUACAAUAAAGAGGUGAUUUUUGAUAAUAACUAUACAAACGUUA